CAGCCCAAACCCAAGAUGGCCGCCCGUAGCUUCACUAUCAGCGGCGCCGCUAGGAUAUGCGUUAGAAUCCAAGAUGGCAGCCUCCACUGGCCUGAGGCUGUCUGGGGGUCACGUGAUGAGGGGGUGUGGACUACGCCCCGGCGGAAGCGUGAGGGACCAAGCGGGGCACAGGGCCUGGCGGCGGUGGUGGUAUCGAGGGUAGACGUGCCGCAAGACCGAAAAGACGGCUGUCACCACGGAGUCCGCCAGUGCUAACACAGCGGCGACCGCCGCUUCACGGGCUGAGGGCGCCGGGGACCAUCCAACCUCGCUGCCCCCGCCAAGGAUGCAGCGCAGGAAGAGGAAUGCGGGCAGUAGCUCAGAUGGAACAGAAGACUCUGAUUUCUCUACUGAUCCUGAGCACACAGAUAGUUCUGAAAGUGAUGGAACAUCACGACGAUCUGCACGUGUGACCCGUUCCUCAGCCAGACUCAGUCAAAGCUCUCAAGAUUCCAGCCCAGUUCAUAACCCACCGUCGUUUGGAGCAGAAGAGCCAGUCUAUUCCACAAGGAGGGUGACCCGCAGCCAGCAGCAGCCGACUCCCGUGACUCCAAAGAAAUACCCACUCCGACAGACUCGCUCCUCUGGCUCAGAGACUGAGCAAGUUGUUGACUUUUCUGAUAGAGACACUAAAAAUGCAGCAGAUCACGAUGAGUCUCCACCUCGUACCCCCACCGGGAAUGCGCCUUCCUCAGAGUCUGAUAUUGAUAUCUCCAGUCCAAAUGUAUCCCAUGAUGAGAGCAUUGCCAAGGACAUGUCCAUGAAGGAUUCUGGAAGUGACCUGUCUCACCGCCCUAAGCGCCGUCGCUUCCAUGAAAGCUACAAUUUCAACAUGAAAUGUCCCACUCCUGGUUGUAACUCUUUAGGACACCUAACUGGAAAACAUGAGCGACACUUCUCCAUUUCGGGGUGCCCACUGUAUCAUAAUCUCUCAGCAGAUGAGUGCAAGGUGCGAGCACAGAGCCGGGAUAAACAAAUUGAGGAGAGAAUGCUGGCCCAUCGGCAGGAUGACAACAGACAUGCCACCAGGCACCAGGCACCAACAGAGAGACAGCUGCGAUACAAAGAGAAAGUAGCUGAGCUCAGGAAGAAGAGGAACUCAGGGCUAAGCAUGGAGCAGAAAGAAAAAUAUAUGGAGCACAGACAAACCUAUGGCAAUACUCGAGAACCUCUGCUUGAAAACCUGACGAGUGAGUAUGACCUCGAGCUUUUCCGAAGAGCUCAAGCACAUGCAUCUGAGGACCUGGAGAAGCUGCGUCUCCAGGGCCAGAUCACAGAAGGCAACAAUAUGAUCAAAACAAUCACUUUUGGCCGUUACGAGCUGGAUACCUGGUAUCAUUCUCCCUACCCAGAGGAGUAUGCUCGUCUGGGGUGUCUCUACAUGUGUGAGUUCUGUCUCAAGUACAUGAAGAGCCAGACAAUACUGCGCAGACACAUGGCAAAAUGUGUCUGGAAACAUCCCCCGGGUGAUGAAAUCUACCGCAAAGGCUCCAUUUCCGUGUUUGAAGUGGAUGGGAAAAAGAACAAGAUCUACUGUCAAAACCUGUGUCUGCUGGCAAAACUUUUCUUGGACCAUAAAACACUAUAUUAUGAUGUUGAGCCCUUCCUCUUCUAUGUCAUGACAGAAGCUGACAACACUGGCUGUCAUCUGAUAGGAUAUUUCUCCAAGGAGAAGAAUUCUUUUCUCAACUACAAUGUUUCGUGCAUUUUGACAAUGCCUCAAUAUAUGAGACAAGGUUACGGCAAGAUGCUGAUUGACUUCAGCUAUUUGCUUUCUAAAGUAGAAGAAAAAGUUGGCUCUCCAGAACGCCCUCUAUCUGAUUUAGGUCUCAUCAGCUACCGUAGUUACUGGAAGGAAGUUCUCCUUCGUUACCUGCAUAAUUUCCAAGGAAAAGAGAUCUCUAUAAAAGAAAUCAGCCAGGAGACUGCAGUAAACCCUGUUGACAUUGUGAGCACCUUGCAGGCGCUUCAGAUGCUGAAAUACUGGAAGGGAAAACAUCUAGUCCUAAAAAGACAGGAUCUAAUUGAUGAAUGGAUAGCCAAAGAGGCAAAAAGAUCCAACAGCAAUAAGAUAAUGGAUCCCAGCUGUUUAAAAUGGACCCCUCCUAAGGGAACUUAACUGUUUCUCACACAUGAAGCCAGUGAACCCCAGCAGUAGGAAGUACCUUAGGGAUCUCUGUUGUAUCUGUUGCUGUUGUGAUUGGUUGGUCCAGUACCCUCCUGAAAGAUCAGUUCCCCUUGGUACUGUUCUAGUCCAGAUCUUUUGUGCAUACCACACAUGCUGGUUCUGAGGAACUUUAUGUUUCAGCCUCAAUGAGGUUGCAAGGACUGGAUCUGUAUAGGACCCAAAUGAAGCUCCUAACGGCACUGGCCCAAGGAGUUUUGAUACCUGGUACUGUACCUUUCCAGUCACUGGUCUUACCCUCAUGUUCUUAUUCUGAUGAGGUUGUGUUGUGCCCUAUAAUCUGAUUGUUUUCUUCCUUCAGGUUCCUUGCAUUCUAAGUGUUGGAGAUAACUUCUAUGGCCCUGUGUUUUCCCUAUACUAUAGCAGGUCUUCACAUAGUUAAUACUGUACAGUCAAAAGCAUGUGUAUCUCAUAACUGAGUGGUGUGGUCAUUGUUGUUACCCUGAAGGAGUCAAGAUUUAAGUGUGCAAGAACAUUGUGGUCUUAGGUGUUCCACAGAGUUGCUCUUGUCGUAUGCUUCUGGAGCUACUACAGUACCACGUCUGUUGGACAGACCUCUUUGAUUGUAAGUUGCUGGCUUUUCCUGUUUAAUCUCUUGGAGUUAAUAGGUUCCUUUACACAGAAGCAGCCUGUUCAAAAUAUUUCACUGGAGAUGUUUUUCCCAGAGCAGUCUUCCUUGAAUUGUAGGUCUCAUUGUAUUGGAAAGGAUUUUUUUUUCCUCCAGACUGAAGAAAUAAAAGCUUUGGACAAGGCUGGCAAAAAUCUGUCUAAACAGCCACAGAAGCUCCAUGAUGACAAUAUCACCCGUCAUUGGAUUGCCUUCAUUGUACGUUCUGUGCAUCAGUGGCAGCUCUGAUAAGCUGUGUGGAUGAUUUACUUCUCUGACAGUGCGUUCUUGUUUGUCAUUGUAAAACAACAAAAGCUUUUACUUCCUCUCUUCCAUCAGCACCACCAGAAGAAACUAUCAUACAAUGGCUUUCAAGUGUAACCACUGUCCUUGUGCCACAAGUUUCCUAUAUGGCUCCAGUGUUAAUUAAAAGGGGAGGACAGUCUUGAGGUAGAUGAUGGCAGCAUCGGAUAGUGCUGAUUUCAUUUAAACCUUCCAAUGCUUCCUGACUGAACAGUAUCUGAAAUGAAGUACUUGCCAUGUACUGGUAGGUAGGAGCUGUUUCUGACCCAUCCUAAUGGGGAAAAGUUCUCUGCUGCUCUUCUGAUGGUUGGCUACCUUUCUCUGCCUCCUUUAAAAAAAGAAAGAAAAGAAAAAAAAAAAUCAUCAGUACAUGGCGUAGACCUUGUGGGCAUUACUGACUUUUGCUAUCUCAUGCCUUUUGCUUCUGUAUCGUAACUAACUACAGAUACUCAUGAAAUUAUCCAACAAAGUAGAUCUCUUGUGGAGUAGGGAAGAAAGCCAUUCUUGUGCAGAAGCUAAACCCUGUUCCCAUGAUGUGGUAGAAUGUGCUAUUCUUGUAUCUACUUCUCAAUAAAGCAUGUUCUCUGCUCAAGUUUAUGCCUUCUUUUUAUGUUUUUUCUCAGUCAAAUGCUAUUCUGCAUCUCCAGUUAAAUGAAGCUGCUGCUUGAUGUUGCAGAGGACUAAUCUGGAACCCAUCUUUGUGUCUGGUGUGUUAAAGAUUGUGAUUAGAGCCUUUAGGCUGAACCUGAUGGAAAAUAGCCUAAAUUUUGAAUUCAUUCUAGAGCUUACUGGGCACAGACUACUGUGGGGAAUACAUGGAUGUGGCCAGGUACUGGCAACUGAAGUAUGUAAUGCAAAACUGGGAUGGCAUCUGUCAGCCUGAAGUUCAUUGAAGAAGGAAGGAGUUACUUUGAAAGUGAUGGCCAUAGAUUUUUAGCCUUUCUUU